AUGGAAGCUGCCGGGGUUGCCGAGCAGUUGGCUGGCUUGGAGAUACAUGAAGCAGAGUCCGGUGCCGCCCCCACCGGUAGCCGGUUUCUCGACGUCGCCAUCGUGGUCCUCAACCAGGCCUGCGGCGACGGUGGGCAGAAGCACUGGUUCGCCUCCACUAAGGAGCUCCAGCUGGCGUCCUUGCAGCUCUGCGAGGCGUGCCGGGACGCCGCCGCCCUCCACCUCCGGGUUGACACGAGCACCCCGCUGCGACUGUUCGCCCCUGCCGACAGCCCUUCCGACGACUCGGAGGAAGACACUCGGGUGCCGCGUCUCCGAGCUCGGGAGCAGCUGACGUUCGGGAGGCGGUUCAACCGACCGCUGGAAGCGGUGUCGUUUCCUGCGUCGUUACGGGAGAUCACCUUCGGGUGGGGUUUCAAUCGGGCGAUCGAAGCCGUAUCGUGGCCUGCAGAGCUACGGCGGCUCACCUUCGGAUGGAUGCCGAACCUCGAGGAACUGACGCUGCUGCUGAAGGCCUCGGAGCGUUACGACAUCCUCGUCGAUAUCGAAUGGCCGGCAGGCCUGAAGCGGCUGAAUGUGAAGCACCGGGUGCGCUUGGAGGGCGACGAGAUGCCAGCCGGUCUUCAGGUAAUUCACGUUUGACGGCCCGUCUUGGUCGAGAUCACGGGUGCGGUACAUGGAAGCCUCCGACUGCACUCGGCCUUGAGAGCAACCAAACUCUUCAGUUGGAGGGUUUGUUCAAGGUGCAGACGAAACAAACCGUGGUUUGUUGAGACCCGUUCGAAUUGCCAAUGGGGCGCAUAUUAGGGCACGGUAUGACCCGGUAAAUGUGGGACGUCUGUACGACCCCCCCGAACGAGAGAACGAGAUAUGUUGCUUAAACUCUGUCAAACCUAGGCGUUCGUGCAGAGAGUCCUCUGGGUGUUAGACAGAGCGGCGCAUUGACGAGGGGCGAGGUUGACUCCAAGCAAGCUUGUAGUGGUUUGGCAGCUUUUUAAGCUGCCAAUGGGCUGAGUACAUCGUUGCCCGAUGGGCUGCUACGAUUACAUCGCAGCGGCCGAGAUGCGAAGGAUUUUCAAUACGACCAACCUUUCCGACGAGCCAAGAAAAUGGAAGUCUGCUCCAUGGUCUACCGUAGUGGUCUACCGUAGUGUCGUUGUACGUACGAAAACAAAAUGUCUGUGGUUGCUAUUUGGAGGAGAUAGUCUCUCGGGUAUGUGCACAGAGAGGCUGUGACACGAUAGACAAGGCCCAGAGAGAUCCUGCGACGCAAACGUGCUCUGCCAUAGGCGCGCAUCUUUCUCUUUCCUCGGGGUAUAGAAAUAUGAUGAUACCGA